UCUCUUCACCAUCAAAGUUCUUCGCCUCGUUCGACGACGUUCUUCCUGUUGGAUCGGAAGUAACAAGGGGAGUUCGCUCGCCUUGUAGGAUUUACGGCAAAAGAAGGGAAACGGAGGAUUUAUUUGGCCGUGAGAUUUAAUAUGUACUCAAAUCGUGUUUGAGCUCCGCAACAAUAUAAAAUAUGCCGAGAAUAACCACAGUGGAGACCCCUGGUUGUCCUCCCUUAAGAGCAUUAACUACGGAUGUGCUUGGACUUGUUAAGGUCGUGGAAGCUCAUGGAAAGGUUGGGACUCCAAAGUUGGUUGAGACAUGGGGUUCUCCUGAUGUUUCACGAUCUGUGCUGGCAACUUCCUUUGCUGAUCGUCAGACUAAUCCGCUUCUAGCUGUUGCAAGGAGAAAUGGUGUGGUUGAACUUCUUAACCCCUUGAAUGGGGAUGCUUUGGCUAAAGUUAUGGUUUGUGAGCUUGGAUUGUCAAAUCAUUCUACUGAAGAUGAUCCAGUUGUCGGGUUGCACUUGUUCAGAACAAAGAAGACUGCGCUAUCCUCCAGGUUAAGUGUGCUACUUAUAUGUACAGAAAAAGGAAAAGCAUGCUUGAGGUCAAUUCCAUUGAAGGAGGCAUCAUCACUAGAUGCUUCAGCUGUGCCUACUUCUAGGAACUGGGAUGUAAGCACUGCUGGUAAAGUUAUAUGCUCAUCGGUAGAUUCAGAAGAGAACUAUGCUUUAUUUGGAGGAAGGGGCAUUGAACUUAAUAUGUGGGAUCUCGAGAGCUAUAACAGGAUUUGGACUUCCAAACUUCCUCGUGUCAACAGCCUUGGAAUAUUCUCUCCAACAUGUUUCACUGCAGCUACUUUCCUUAGCAGGGAAGAUCACCGAAAAAUUGUUGCUGGGACAAAUAAUUAUCAGAUCCGUCUUUAUGACAUUUCUGCUCAAAGAAGACCUGUAGUAUCUUUUGAUUUUCGAGAGUCUCCCAUCAAGGUAGUCAAGGAGGAUCUGAAUGGCCAUACAGUUUAUGUGGGGACUGGUACUGGAGAUCUUGCUUCCUUUGACAUGCGUACAGGAAAACUGCUUGGUUGUUUUGUUGGUAAAUGUUCUGGAAGUAUUAGAUCCAUAGCUCGGCAUCCAGAGCUACCGCUGUUAGCUUCUUGUGGACUAGACAGCUAUUUGCGCAUUUGGGAUUCCAGAACUCGACAACUUCUAUCUGCAGUGUUUCUCAAGCAACAUCUAACAAAUGUAGCAAUUGAUUCGCAUUUCUAUAGUGAAGCUCCUGUAGGUGAUGCUACUGAUCAAAUACGUGAUUUGCAAGAUGAUGAGCAGACCGAAGCAGGUGGCUUGAGAGCAAUGGAAAAAUCACCAAGAGGUAAGAAGAAUAGCAUUGAAAAAAUUAAGAAAAAGAUGGGAAAUAAAACCCAAAUGGUUGUUGAAGCAUUUGAACUUAGCGCAAGUGAAGAUGAAGACAUGGAUAAGCAAACUUCCUUGAAGAGAAAAGAGUUAACCAAGUUGAAGCGGAGCAAAAAUCUAAAGAGAAAGAAGAGGAAGAUAAUUGCCAAUAACGAGGACCAAAUCAUGCUUAGGUGUUAUCCCAACUGAAAUAGCAUAUACUAACACGCGCUAACAUGUUUGUUAGUGCUAAUGCAAGUUGAAUUUCUCAACUUGGCUGAUUCUGGGAACCCUUUAAUGGUGUUCCUGUUAUUGGGGUUUCUGUUUUCUUGUCUGUUCGUCUGUUUUUAUUCAAUUAUCAAACGACGCAGAGAGGAUAGUUAUUUAAGCCAGGUAAAAUUUAUAGAUGAGGAAAUUGAAAUUUCUCAAGGUGAAGACGGUGGUUUUAGCGAAAUAUUGAACUAUGGGCUUUGUAAUAUGCAAUUUUGGGCAGAAGCAUUCUGUAUGAAAUUAUUUCUAAUUUGCAUUCCUUAUCAUGUUUGAGAUUUUUAUCAUUA